AUGUCAGCAAUUCACCGUACAAUCGCUAUCGAGGAUGUCGACACUCGGUGGCCGUAUCGUGCCGGCUUUCCUCGCCUCCUUCGUCCACGCGUUAAAUCACGACCCAUCGAAAAUGAGGCCGAGAUUCCAAUCUCCGAAGCCGAUUUUGAAAGACUGAAACAGCGCAUCAAUGAGAUCACGGAAGCCCACGGCAUCACACACCUUGAUACACCUAGAAUGGUGUAUCGGGCCCAUUCGUCCUCCGUCUCUCAGGCUCGUAUUGACUUGUAUUGUGUCUACGACAAAGGUCUCAGUCACAGCAAGACAUGGGCCAAGGCUGUCACCGAGAUCUACGAAGAAGCGAACAUGCUGUGUGUUCCAGGGAAGGAUCGGAAUGAGAUGUCCAUGAACUGGGAAAAGGGUCAGAACUAUCGCCAAAAGAUCCUUCAAUUGUUCGAAAACCGCCCGCACAUGUGGCAAGUCAUGGUGCCUAUUGGCCUAUAUGCGGAAGGCAAACGUUCCCAAGAUCACAAAAUGGUUAUCUACUUUGAUGCACUGAAUGCAGAAGAUGAUGCUUGGGAUGAACUUGAAGAAGCAAUGCGUUCCAUACUUCCGGAGGAUAUUGGUAUCGAGAUCCUGCAGUCGACCGGCCCACUGUUUUGCAAUGACAAUUUGGCACCUUUACAUAAUGAAUUCAAGCCCAAGUUCUCCGCCGAUAACUACAUCCGACCUCCGAGGCCAGGCUGUGAAGUCAGUAUUGCGCGGAACGAUUUAUCUUCUGGGACAAUGGGUGGCUACGUUAUGACAGAAGCCAAGGAUACCAAGAAAAGAACAACGUUCGGAGUCACGAAUGCUCAUGUUGUAUUUGGUAAGCGUAGGGAGGCUACUUUCAAUACGCAAGCCGGCGACAGUAUCGUGAUCCAGUCUCCGGGUGAAGAGACUCGCAGAAGAAACGAAAUCGAACUUCGCACUGCCAUCGCAGAUCUUGAGGGUCAAAUCUCGAAGCAGACUGAAAUCAUUGAGGCGGUGAAAUUCUCCGAUCCCUCUCUCGCUGAACGAUUGGAUGGACACGUGAACUUGAUACAGCCUACUUUGAUCGAGCUCAAAGCUUCUCUUCAAUUGACGGAACGUGAUGCAACUAUUGGACCAGUUCAGGUCGCAAGACUUGGCUAUCGCCAUUAUGAAAGACCAUCUUCGGUGUCAUCGGGUCCAGACUAUACCAAACUGAUGAUGGACCUUGCAUUGAUUCGGAUGGACUGUCUCGAGAGAGAGCAUCCACGAGAAAUCUUUCUCCCAGUGAACAGAGAAAAUCCGCGUAUACCCGGCGAUACGACCUACAACUCAUGGGAGGUGGACUCAUUGGGGAAUUCUAUAGAUACCAAGGAACGUAUCAGUGUCGUUGCAAAACUGUCUCGGCAAGGUAAAUACACCAUGGGACAUGUGACCGAAUUCAAAGCCGAAAUCGAAUUCCCUGUUGACCUCAAGAAUGGCGGCGCCAAGGAGAUUCGAAAACGGUCUGCAUGGGUUGUUUCCACGCCUCCCAUUGAUGGAAAUGAUCACAGGACCCAACUAGGCGAUUGUGGAUCGCUGAUCCUUGCUGCGCAUGGUUGGGAGUUUGGCGGCUCUGAUAACGAAGUGGCGAUGCCGAAAACGUUGAAUGUUUGCGCUAUGAAGCCAUUCGUUGUCGGCCUACUUUUUGGUGGUACUGACAGAGGCGAUGUGACACUCUUCACCCCAUUCGACACAGUGAAAUCGGAGAUCGAGUCCUUGACUGGAGAAGAGAUGGUGUGGCCUCCAAAGCAUUCUACCUGUAUGCAAAGAUGGGAGGAAGGUUACAUGGACGACGGACUCUAA